AACACCACUAACGCCCAUUAAGAGGCAACAGGGAAUGAAUCGAGUUGUGAAAUUACUUACUACUCCAUACCACUGAGAGAAGACACUUCCCUGCCACACCAGCCUGUCUGCAUCUCCUUUGUCACACUUUGGAAUUUAAACUACGUCUGUCUCAUUUCUGUUGGUAUUGUCCAGCAUUUAGAUUCAUUGUUUCUCCUUUUCAUCGUCGAAAUGGCAACGCGAAUUGACAAAGAUGCUUGCAGAGAAGCAUACAAUCUGGUCCGAGAUGACGGCUCUGAUAUCAGCUGGGCAUCUUUUAAGUAUGACGGAUCUACCAUUGUACCAGGGGGUCACGGGUCCGACUAUGGCGAAUUCAAGAGUCAAUGUACAGAUGAUGCCCGUCUCUUCGGGUUUGUGAGGAUCACAACAGGUGAUGCCAUGAGUAAGCGGGCCAAGUUCACCCUCAUCACCUGGAUUGGUGAGAAUGUCAGUGGACUACAAAGGGCCAAGAUUAGCACUGACAAGACACUGGUAAAAGACAUCGUUCAGAACUUUGCCAAGGAGUUUAUGAUCAGUGAUCCUCGGGAAUUGGAGGAAGACUACCUUCGCAAUGAGCUGAAGAAGGCUGGUGGGGCCAACUACGAUGCCCAGGCCGAAUAAAACUUGGGGAGGGGUUUCUAUGGGGUUGGGACAUCCAAACUGGAUGAGAAGGAAGGGGGAAAACCCAUGUCAGACAUGCACCCACAAACAAACACAUACACACACUUAGACAAACAUACAUACAUACCUCAUCCCUCUUGGGAACUGUGAUAUUGCCAAGAAAGAUGUGUUCAUACAUCAAAAUACUUGUUAUAUUGGUCUUGGAACAACAUUCCUAUGAACCAAUUCAUUUUCAGGAAAGGGGUAGGGUUUAUGGUUAGGCUUAGGGUUGGAAGUUAGGGGCUUGUAACCCAUUUAAUCUAUCAUUCCCUCUGAUUUUAUGGGUAGUUCACAAAUAGGUUAAGGUGCAGGUUAGGUAAAGGGUUUUAUGGAGGAUUAGGAUUGUUCCAGCCAGGACUCAAAAUAUGUUGAUCCAAAAACACAUCUUACUUGGCAAAAUCACGGCGACCCAUCCCUCUUCCAGUCUGAUCAUGGAUGAUUUAUCUACUGUACUGUGCAUCAUCUCACUGUCAUCUCAUCUAGUGCUAUGAGGUUGUGUUUUUCUUCUGGGGCAUUUUUGUAACUGUAAUUAGAGUUUUUGAGGAAGCUCCUUGGCUUAUGAUCAGAGUUGUCAUCACUGUGAUAUGCUUUCAUAACAUUUACAAUGGAAGCAACAAAGAGCAUGUGAGUCCAGCAUGGGAUUCUUUAUAGGGGUUUAAAUGAAUGUUCAUCUCCCUGCUGACUCCUAAUACAGAUAACUGUGUUUACUGUCUUAAUCUCCCAUGGAGAGGUAGACAUAAUAGAAUGUGUGCAUUUGUGUGUGUGUGUGUGUGUGUAUGUUUGCAGACACUGCACUGUGACUGGCUAACUUGCAUGCAAGGGGGCAGAGACUUAAAUGAGCGUAUAGCCCUCGAACUUCUUUCAUUGGCUGUAUCACUAUCUCUCCACCAAACCAAGGAGCAGCCAUUUCUCUAGUGUAGCCUUCAUUUCAGUUUAAAUCAAAAACCCCUAAGAAUGUUUUUUUUUCUUAAAUUGUAGGCUUUAUUUACAUUAACAAUAUGACCUGUGGUUCAUCCUUGGGAAUACAAAUGCCUCCAGGAGCCAAGAAAGCAAAAAGAUGAGCACAAAAGCAAUCAUUUCAGAAUAAAAUUGUCAUUUUUUUCAA